GGUGCAUUUAGCAUGGUGACAGUAAACAAUUCACAUUCUCAUUACCACCUAAGGGGCCCCAUUGAGAGCUGGUUUGGUAGCUUGAUUUGGCUUAUUAUGAGCAUUAUAAUCAGAAUACGUAGCUCUUGCCUUCUUAUUUGGUACAAAUGUGUUUUACCAAAUGCUUUAGAAAAUCCAGCACUUUCAAUCAUUUCAGCCAAAUAACCUGAACCCAACAGGCUUUAAGCCCACAAGGGGCAAAUGAUCCAGUCUUUGAGUCAAAUGGCAUGCACCAAACGGGCAUCAAGUCCAUAUGGGCAAACAAUCCAGUCAUUUCUGCAAAAUAACACUUAUCAACGGGCUUUAAGCCCACAAGGCGCAAACAAUCCAUUGUCGGAGCUUUGAAUGGUCAAUUCCGCAUGCUCUCAGAGUACUAAGUGUAAGGGCAGCCUGUGAUCAUCAACCUUUCAAGGUAUGCAUUGAACUUAGGGGGAUGAGAAAUUCUUGUUAUGCAGGCUUUGUUAAUUGAUAUUACUUCAUAUUUAAUUGACUUGGUAUAAAGCACAAAGGGGCAAACAAUUCAGUCAUUUCAGUCAAAUAACCCUCACCAACCUGGUUCUAAGUCCACAAGUGGCAAACAAUCCGUUGUGGGAGCCUUGAGUUGUCAAUUAUGUGCUCUUGGAGUAAUGAAAUGCUUUCUUAAUCGAUAUUACAGCAUAUUUAACUGGCCGUGAGAUACUUCACGUGAUAAGUGCUUAAAUAAAAGGAUAUUAACAUAAACAGUUGGCAUUUUGGAGCUGACUCGGCCUUUCUGGCCUCGCAGUGCGCACGCCUGUCGAAAUCGGGCAGUGUAGGUUUCAGGCUUAAUCCUGUGAACUCUGUUCCUCUCUUUGCUUUCUUAUGCUAAAUUAUGAAGAAACUAUUAUGAAAAAUAUCAACAAUGUCACUAUACUGACAGCAGGCGAGCAGAAAAGAUCAAUUAAGAUAAUCUUUUUAGGUAUUACUACUUCACCUUUAGGCACAAACAGAAAUUGAACCAUAAUCCUGCUACUAGUGCUGGCAAUUACUACUUGUGACGCGGUUAGGACGUAUGUGACAUCACUAAUUACUACCUACUAAAAAUGGUUAGUCUUUGGAGUUCUUAUAAAAGUACAAUAACUCCACAUUGACCACAUCGCUUUCUUGACACUCUCUCUCACACUAAGCUAUGUGAAGUUGCCAUUGCACAUUUGCAUCUUCCCUAGAGGUCCCCUUCAGGCUUCUUCUGUUUAUAAAAAAAUCAACUUUAUGGAAUAACAUUCCUAUUUUUGAUUGAUUUUGUCUUUUCUUGUCUCUGUUUCGUCUAUUUUAAUUUCCAGGAGAUUCAUGGGGGCUUCAUGGUAUGAAAUUACGGAUGAGAUGUUCAGGAGUUUCCACAAAAUUGACAGAGAGCUCUACUCCAUCCUAGUUUUCGAGCUUGGACACGAGCACUUUGAAUCCGUAGAGAUAUUAGCCUUAUGGAUAUGGUUGGAACGGUCCGGCUUCAAGAACGUUGUCCAAAAGAUAUUAUCUUUACCCAUAAAUGUAAUCAACGAACUUGCUGUUGAUGCCAUCACGUGCCUCAAAUGCAUCAAAGAUGCAACAUCACCUUGUGAGGUUGGGCUGACUCAGCGUGUUAUCGGGAAACAGUUUUCGCUCCGGUUUUUGCAUGAGAAUCGGGUGAAGGCAUCACGAGGGGUCCAGGAUGCGGUGGCUGAGGUUUGUGCCAAGGCGUUGAAAGAUCUCGUGCUGGUGCCUGAAGAGGAGAGGACGAUGUUUGCCACGUUCUCAAAGGGAUACCCAGUGUCAGAGGGGGAAGUUAGGAGGUUCUUUACUAAGGUGUUGGGGAACUGCAUAGAGUGCAUACACAUGCAGGCAGUGAAGCCGCAAGAGGAGCAGCCUCUGUAUGCACGGGUCGUCUUCUUCGAUCCUACGCACAUUGACCUCAUUCUCAAUGGUGAGCACAAGGCGAAGUUCACCAUCAACGGUAAACAUGUCUGGAUGCGCAGAUUUGUCCCCCCCCAAAAACACUAACUUCUCUCUACUGCCUUUGACCCCUCCCAGUCUAUGAAAUUCAAAUCCUGGCCUUCAUGUGUUUAGUCUGUGGUUUCAGUUAUUUUGCAGUUACUCUGUCAAUGGAUUGUCUUUAUGUAUAGUUUUUGUAAGAUCAAAC